AUGUCAAUAUCUAACCUCUACAGCCCGAAAAAGUUGGUCACCUGUUCAAUUGCUGCUAUCGCUCUAGCUGGAUCAUCAACAUUCGCAUACUCCAUCAAUCGGCGUCAAGCCCAACGAUGCGCAUCUGGUACAGUGCACCUUGAUGGCUGGGUGUUUACCAGGUCUUGUGGUAAUGAUGCGGUACAACCAACGUUUAUGAUUGAUGUUCCUAUUGGAGAUACUUGCUUCACAGUGCCUGCAGCACCGCCAUUGGAGAUCCCCUUCUACACGACUGUUGUAUAUACCGGGACUGGAUAUGAUGUCAUUAUCUUUCUAGACGAAGGCUGCGUUACACCCUUUGUCUUUUUACCUGAGAACUACCGAUUGGGUGAUUGUGUAAUAGUUCCAUCUUCAAUAGACGAUAUUUAUAUCGUUGGAAGCUGUUCUGAAGGUGCCGGAGAAGCAGAUCAAAUAGACGACGGUAUCGGUAGUGACGCCCAGCCAAUUCUAAACAAACCUAUGGUGAUGGCGAGCGAAGAGGCUAUGGCGAGUGAAGAAGUUAUGGCGAGUGGAGAGGUUGCGGCGAGUGAAGAGGCUACGGCGAAUGAUGAGGUUACGGCGGGUGAAGAGGCUAUGAUAAGUGAAGAGGUUACGGUGAGUGAAGAGGUCACGGCAAGUGCAGAGGUUAUGGCGAGUGAAGAGGUUAUAGGCAAGUGA